AGCCCCGCCGGCCGCGCUGAGCCCACUGGAGCCGGGAGGCCGAGGCCCGGGGCCCGAGAUGGCGGGACCCUACGGUGGCGGUGGGGGCGGAGGCGAGGUCAGGUGCGUCAGCCUCGAGUGGGAUUUCCGGCAGGGGCUGCUGAUCAAGACCCCACCUGUGCCCUGCCUGCAGGCCCUGCGGAAGGAGAAGUCGCGGAACGCCGCCCGCUCCCGCCGAGGCAAGGAGAACUUGGAAUUGUACGAACUGGCCAAGAUGCUGCCCCUGCCUGGGGCCAUCACUAGCCAACUGGAUAAGGCCUCCGUGGUCCGCCUGACCAUCACCUACCUGAGAAUGCGCGACUUCGCCGCCCACGGGGACCCGCCCUGGCGUCUGCGGGCCGAGGGGCCCGCGGGAAAAGCCCCAGGAGCCCCCGGCCGGCAAAGCGCAGCCACCCUGUUCGAGCAGCACCUGGGCGGCCACAUCUUACAGUCGCUGGACGGGUUUGUGUUCGCGCUGAAUCAAGAAGGGAAGUUUCUGUAUAUCUCCGAGACCGUCUCCAUCUACUUGGGCCUCUCUCAGGUGGAGCUGACGGGCAGCAGCGUGUUUGACUACGUCCACCCCGGAGAUCACUCUGAAGUGCUGGAGCAGCUGGGGCUGGGUUCCUCGCCCCUCCCAAGACCCCUUGGACCUCCGUCAUCGGGCUCCACCUCCUCUUCUUCCUCUCUCCCUGAGGCCUCAGAGGCCGAACCAGGACUCCCAGCACCCGCCCCGUCCAUCGCCCUCGAACGAUCCUUCUUCAUCCGCAUGAAGUCAACCCUCACCAAGCGGGGUCUCCACGUCAAAGCCUCCGGCUACAAGGUGAUCCACGUGACGGGCCGGCUGCGCCCCCGCCUGCCCUCCUUCUCCCUCAGCCGCUUGGCGCUGGGCCGGGUGCUGGGCCUGGUGGCCCUGGGCCAUACCCUGCCGCCCUCCACCCUCAGCGAGGUCCGGAUCGACUGUCACAUGUUCGUCCUGCGGGUGCACCUGGACCUGCAGAUCGUCUACUGUGAGAGCAGGGUCAGCGACUACAUGGACCUGGGUCCCUCGGAGCUCGUGGGCCGGAGCUGCUACCAAUUCAUCCACGGGGAGGAUGUGGCCGGGAUCCGGCGGAGUCACCUGGACUGGCUGGACAAGGGGCAGGUGGUGACGGGCUAUUACCGGUGGCUGCAGAAGGCCGGGGGCUUCGUGUGGCUGCAGACGUGCGCCACCAUCUCCAGCAGCAGCAAGGACCCCGGCGAGCGCCACGGCGUCUGGGUCAACUACGUCCUCAGUCACCCGGAAGGCCGGCACACCGCCCUGGACGUCUUCCAACUACCGGCCACGGGAGCCCCGACAGACCCCUCCCACUCCUCCGAGCCCGACACCCAAGUGUUGGCCGCAGCGGCGGCGGUGGGUCCGCCCCGGUUCCCCCCGCAACCGGAGCCAGGCUGCGCCAAGCGACGUCGCGACGUCAAACAGGAAGCGGACCAGGGCCCGAGGAGCAGCGAGGACUCAGACAGCUCCAGCCCCAGCUCCAGCCCCAGCCCCGGCACGUCCUGCCGCCCACGGCCCCAGCAGGGCCCCGUCAAUGGCCGCCAGGGCCCCGGCCGCCCCUGCCCCUCGGAAUUCGCCUCGGUCAUCCGGGCUAGAGGCGUCAAGGCGGAGGCGGGGCUGUGGGGGUACGGCCCCGCCCAUCCCUUGUUCGCCCCCGAGGCCCUGCUGACCCUCCCGGUUCCAGACGGGGGGGACAAAGGGGAGCCCUUCCUCCCAGCCUCGGCCCGGGAACCAAACCCCCUGUCGUCCUCCGGCGACCAGCCGGCCGCCCCGGCCCCCUUCCCGGCACCGCUGCUCUGCCCCGGCUACCUGCCCCUGGUGCGCCCACUGGAGGUCCGGGCGGCCACCCCCCGGCUCUACGCCACCAGCACCAUCCGCUACGCCCCGGCCGAGGUGGGCCUGGCCCUGCCCCCGACCGUGCUGCCCGCGGCCAUGCUGCCCGCUCGCGCCCUCAACCUGGUGGAGCUGGGCCCUGGGGAGGGCAAGGGCCCCGUGGGGCUGGUGUACCAGCGCCUGCAGCGACUGGGUGGGGCCUUCGGGCCAGGCACGGCUGACUCCCUCUUCUCUACCCUGCCUUUCUCUGGCGUGGGGGCCGGGCCCCACCGCAAGGAGGACUGAAGGGCCCGGCCUAAGGGGAGGGGGCGGUCCCUGGUCUUGGGCAAAGAAAGGGAUGAUAAGGGGCUGGUCGAGGCCCCUCUGUGUACCCACCCCUGCCCCUCCAUGUACCCCUAUCCCCGGCCUCACGCCCACCGCUCCGUUCUGGGCAGCGGCUCCUCCUCACCCCUCGUAUCCCCCGACUGCCCCGCCGCUCCUGCCACUGGGCCCUACAGGCGGGGGUGAGGAUGCUGAGAACGGGCCUUCAGUUCCGCAGGCCCGCUCUGGGCCGGCAACGUGGGCCGAAGCUGGGCUCAGGCCCAGGUGGGGAUUCCGAAGCAUCCUUGAUCGCCGGAGGGUGAAGACUGGGAUUCACCUUCCCCCAGCUCCCCCUCCGCCACCGCCCCACGUCUCCCCCCCCGCCAACGGACACCACUCGGAGACGGGGGCAACCGGAGGA